UAUUAUUCUCUCCUUUAAGAAAAAAAAGAAAGGGAAAGAACAUUUUUUUUCUCUCCUUUUUCUUUUCUUUUUACUGGGUUUGGGUCUGCAUCUGUAUUCGUGUUUCCUUGGCAUUUUGUUUUGGCCUAUGCUUAUUUCGCUUUUUUCUCUUUUUUCUCUUUCUUAGAGUGUAAAUUUGAGUAAGGGUCGUAACUUUAUGUGUUAAAAGAGGAUAAUGGUAGUAGUGGUAGUAGUAGCGGUGGAAUCAAAGAAGAAGAGAAGAUAGCAGCAAAAGGGUGAGAGUGAGGCUAAAAACCAACAACAAAACCCACUUGGAAUUUGUGGGGAUCAACCAAAAUAUUAAGAAAUCAAAACCAUUCCCAGAUCUCUAGGAUCUUACUAAAUGUCCAGUUUUUGAAUGGUUUUUGCUUUUUUCUCAAGAAAGUUGUCUUCUUUUCUUGCUUAUGCUUGUCUCAGCUCAAUAUUUUGAUUCUCAGAUUCUGUGUGCUCCAGCUGGGUAUUAUGUGAGAUAGUGGAUUUUGGUGUCUCAUUUGAAGGUUUAUAUUUUAUUACUUCGUUUUUAACAAAAGUUAAAGAGGGCUAGAAGGGUACACUGGUGGUCGUGUUCUUGCUAUGGAAAUGGUGGGUUCUUGCAUUAUGUGGUUCUGAUUCUAAAGGAAGUUUUUUUUUUUUUUUUAUUUGGAUAAGGCAAUUUAAAUAAAAGUUCAUGUCAUCGAGAAUAUGGAUUGUGGGACUGCUGGAUAUGGUGGUUUUGAUCAGAGGAUAGUUGUUGUUGCCAUUCAAAGAGAGUAAAGUCGGUGAACUGAAAGUAGAAGAGUACGGAAAAUGAGUUUUUGGCUGUGGAGAGUGGGGCUUUUGGUGUUGACAUUAGUGGAGAUUUCUUCUGCUACUCUCUCGCCAACUGGUAUUAACUAUGAAGUGGUAGCUUUGGCUAAUAUAAAGUCUGCUUUACAUGACCCAUAUAAUGUUCUGGAAAGUUGGGAUGCUAAUUCUGUUGAUCCCUGUAGCUGGAGGAUGGUUACAUGCUCUCCAGAUGGAUAUGUUACUGCUUUGGGACUUCCCAGUCAGAGCUUGUCUGGGACCUUAUCUUCUGGGAUUGGGAACCUUACUAACUUGCAGUCAGUGUUGCUGCAGAAUAAUGCUAUUUCAGGCCCUAUACCUUUUGCAAUUGGGAGGUUAGAGAAGCUUCAGACACUUGAUCUCUCCAACAAUUCAUUCAGUGGAGACAUACCUGCUUCUUUGGGGGACCUUAAGAACCUGAAUUACUUGCGGCUAAAUAAUAACAGCCUCACUGGAUCCUGCCCUGAGUCUCUGUCCAACAUUGAAGGCCUUACGCUUGUGGACCUUUCAUUUAAUAAUCUGAGUGGUUCUUUGCCUAAAAUAUCAGCAAGGACGUUCAAAGUUGUAGGGAAUCCCUUAAUAUGUGGACCAAAAGCCAAUAACAACUGUUCUGCUGUCUUGCCAGAGCCUCUAUCUCUUCCACCAGAUGGUCUGAAAGGUCAGUCAGACUCUGGACACAGUGGCCAUCGCAUAGCUAUUGCUUUUGGUGCCAGCUUUGGUGCUGCCUUUUCCGUAAUAAUUAUGAUUGGGCUGCUUGUUUGGUGGCGAUAUAGACGCAAUCAGCAGAUUUUCUUUGAUGUUAAUGAACAAUAUGACCGAGAUGUAUGCUUGGGCCAUUUGAGAAGGUACACUUUUAAGGAGCUCAGGGCUGCAACUGAUCAUUUCAAUUCAAAAAACAUUCUCGGGAGAGGUGGAUUUGGAAUAGUGUACAGGGGAUGCUUGACCGAUGGGACUGUGGUAGCUGUUAAAAGGCUGAAGGAUUAUAAUGCUGCUGGCGGUGAAAUCCAAUUCCAGACAGAAGUAGAGACAAUAAGUUUAGCUGUUCACAAAAAUCUGCUCAGGCUCUCUGGGUUCUGCACCACUGAGAAUGAAAGGCUGCUUGUUUAUCCUUAUAUGCCAAAUGGAAGUGUAGCAUCCCGAUUAAGAGAUCACAUUCAUGGCCGGCCAGCAUUGGACUGGGCAAGGCGAAAGAAGAUAGCUUUAGGUACAGCUAGGGGUUUACUUUAUUUGCAUGAGCAGUGUGACCCAAAGAUUAUCCAUCGUGAUGUCAAAGCAGCCAACAUUUUGUUGGAUGAAGACUUUGAGGCAGUUGUUGGUGAUUUUGGGUUGGCAAAGCUUUUGGAUCACAGAGAUUCACAUGUGACCACAGCAGUGCGUGGCACCGUUGGCCACAUUGCUCCAGAGUACUUGUCCACUGGUCAGUCUUCAGAAAAGACGGAUGUGUUUGGGUUUGGGAUAUUGCUUCUUGAGCUCAUCACAGGUCAGAAAGCCUUGGAUUUUGGAAGGGCAGCUAACCAGAAAGGGGUCAUGCUUGAUUGGGUGAAGAAACUCCAUCAAGAAGGAAAACUGAAUCUCCUAGUGGAUAAGGAUCUUAAGGGAAAUUUUGACAGAGUGGAAUUGGAAGAAAUGGUUCAAGUUGCUCUCUUAUGUACUCAGUUCAAUCCUUCACACCGACCAAAGAUGUCUGAAGUAUUGAAGAUGUUAGAAGGUGACGGUUUAGCUGAAAAAUGGGAAGCUUCACAAAAGAUUGAGACACCAAGGUUCAGAUCAUGCGAAAGCCAUCCUCAAAGAUAUUCAGAUUUUAUAGAAGAAUCUUCACUUGUGGUGGAAGCAAUGGAGCUUUCUGGCCCUCGGUGACACAACCUUUUACAAACUUACUCAUACAGCUCCAAAGCAAAGCUAUGCCACUGAUGUUGGAAUGUCGAUAGAUUUUGAAUGCAUUUGUAUUCAUCUGUAAAAAAGGGGAAAUUAAAAAAGAAGAAGAAAAGAACAAAAAGAGAGAGAAAGUCAUGUAUAAGCACGCAUCUUGUUCUUAAUUUGUUGGAAAAAUCAGUCGAGUUGAUUGCUCUCACAAAUUUUGACAAUGUUUUAGAAUAUGAUAGAGAGUUGUAUGUAUUUUACUGUAUCUCUUCUUCUGUCAGCUUGUCUUGAUGGCAAAGACAUUGCAACUCUUCCAUUGA